ACGGGUGGCGGCGAGGCGCGCGGCGGAGCUGCGCCGCUCCGGGCCGGCGGCCAUGCCCAAGCGGGGCUGUCCGUUCGCGGACGCGGCCCCCCUGCAGCUGAAGGUCCGCGUGGGUCAGAGGGAGCUGAGCCGCGGCGUGUGCGGCGACCAGCACUCGCGGGAGGUCUUCGAGAAAACCAAGCAACUCCUUUUUCGAGGGGCCCAGGCCUACAUGGACCACUUGUGGGAGGAAGGCUGUGCCAUUGUUGACCUGCCGGAGUCCCCAAAGCCCGGCCCCACAGAGGCCCUUCGGGCAGCCCGUGGGCAGAUGCUGAUUGGACCAGAUGGCCGACUGACCAGGAGCCAAGCCCAGGCCUCUGAAGCUGACCCCUCCGGGGCAGCGACCAGAGCCUGCUCCUCGUGCGUGCGAGCCGUGGACGGGAAGGCAGCGUGUGGCCAGUGUGAGCGUGCCCUCUGCGGGCGGUGUGUGCACGUCUGCUCCAGCUGCGGGGGCGUGGCCUGCGCCCUGUGUGCCCUUGUGGACUGUGGUGACGUUCACGAGUCGGUGCUCUGUGCCAGCUGCGCCAUGUUCGAGGCCUGAGGGCUGGCCUUCCCGGACGGACUGCACCGGUGUCGAUGCCGUAGAACUGUGGGGGGUGGGGGUCUGUUUUAUAUUUUGUACCGAGGGCAGAAGUGAAUAAACCUUUUAUAUUUGGA